AUGACACAAUCUCAGGGUUUUUGGCCCCUUUCCCUCUUUUCCGCAAGCCGCCUUACUUUUUCGGGCCCAAAACUCUAUAGUCGAGUGAAUUGA